AUGGCAUCGCGUCAAGCCAUAAAAGUCGGCACUAAACUUGUUAAACCAGUGCUUUCUAUUAAUGCUCAAGAAGCAAGAGCAAGGGUUUUAAGCCUUUAUAAAGCAUGGUAUCGUCAAAUUCCAUACGUAGUAAAAGAAUAUGAUAUACCAAAAUCUGAGGAACAGUGCCGAGCUAAACUCAAAGAAAUUUUUGUAAAUAACAAAAAUGUCACUGAUAUUAGGGUUAUCGAUAUGCUGGUUAUUAAGGGUCAAAUGGAACUCAAAGAAACAGUUAACAUAUGGAAACAGAAGGGACAUAUAAUGGCAUAUUUCAAACCAACUGAAGAACCUAAACCAAAAGAUUUUCUUUCCAAGUUCUUCUCUGGCAACGAA